UUCAAAUAUAGGGUUUACAAAAGGUGAUGAGCAGCAAGAAUCGAGCAGAGUCCUCAGAGAGCCUCCACCAAGGCUGCUUAUUUUCUGUAUUAUAACCAAAAUCUAACAAUUUCUUCUGUGAGCUAUAACUAACAUCCUCAGAAAAUGUCAUCAGUAUCCACUGUUCAUAUUUUUCACACAAAAACACGAGGGUCAAGAUAUCAAUUCGGUGAUAUAUCGUCCUCUGAUACACCAUGGCAAAAGUCAAUAUUUUAAUUAACAAAUGAAUGGCGCUCUAAAGUAAACACUCUCUGCCAGUUUCAUAAUUUCCAAUGCAUGAUAAUAAAUUUGACAAUGGCCCCAUGUGCAAACUUCCCUGCUCUGCCCCUAGAGGUCAGUCUAGCCACAAGCAUACACUCCCUGAAGUGGUGCAGCAGGUCAGGUGUGCACUCUAGUUAGAGCUCUGUAAAUAACAGAUGCAGCACAAGCAAGUUUGGUGUUCUACAGGUUGGAAACGCUCUGGAACUGGUGUGCGUGAAUGCCUAAACAUUGCUGCGGCUUCCCAGUCCAUCCGUGUAGCCAUCAUGAACCGCUUUGGGAAAUUCAUGUUGCUUCUUGUGUUAGCCUUCGUCGCUUUCCAGUGCGUGGCCAUCAGCACCUUCUUAACCAACCCCUUAAGCCUGUUGUACUCUGUGGUUGUGGUACCCACACGCCAAGCUGUUAACUGUAGCCCUGAGGCCCUCUCCUACACUUCAUCGGCCCCUGCCUUCCCUCCACCCACAAAUGAUUCCAACGUGAGAACGCAUAUCCUCAUUCUGGCCACGACACGGUGCGGAUCCUCCUUUAUUGGGCAGCUGCUCAACCAGCAUCCAGAGGUGUUUUACCUGUUUGAGCCCCUGUUUCAUGUCCAUUCGAUGCUGCGUCCUCACCUGGAACAGAGUCGGGACUUGGAUUGGAGGAAGACAUUGAUGGGAGCAGCCAGAGAUCUGUUGAGGUCUUUGUACCACUGUCACCUCAGUAGUUUGGAGAAUUAUAUCCAACCCUAUCCUACCAACCACUCCACUGACCAUCUGUUCAGACGAGGCGCUAGCCAGUCUCUGUGCUCUCCUCCUGUGUGCAAGGUUCCUCAAGGUCCAGAUGAGCAGAGCCUGGUGCUGAAUGACGAGAGGGAGUGUAAGAAGAGAUGUGGGCCGCUCAGCAUGCCACUGGCCUCUGAUGCCUGCAGAGCCAAACGCCACACAGCCAUCAAGACAGUUCGCAUUCCCCAAAUUAGUGACCUCAGAACGCUGAUCGAGGACCCAACACUCAAUCUAAAGGUGAUCCAGCUUGUUCGAGACCCGCGCGGCAUCCUGGCAUCUCGUAUUGAGGCAUUUCGCGACUCUUACCGGCUGUGGCGUCUGUGGAGAGCAACUGGACGCCGACCUGCUAACCUGGACCUGGGACAGAUCCACACGUUGUGUGAGGACGUUCUCAAGUCUGUGUCCAUAGGCCUGUCCAGACCCCACUGGCUUAGAGGGAGGUACAUGCUGCUCAGGUAUGAAGACAUGGCCAGGUUUCCUCUGAAGAAAACCAAAGAACUCUAUAGGUUCCUUGGUCUGGAUCUUGACCAGAGUGUGAAGGACUGGAUCAACAACAACACUCACGACAGCAGUGGUGUGUCAUCCCGACGUAAGUUCACCACAAUUCGAGACUCUGCUGCUAAUGCGGAGAACUGGAAGAUGAAGCUCUCGUUUGACAUGGUGGUUUACGUUCAAACUGUCUGCAAACCACUUCUGGAGCGUCUGGGAUACAAAGCUGUCUUCCACUCAAGAGAACUGAAGAACUUUUCUCACUCUUUGGUGGAGGACAGGAUAUUUCUCCCUUUUUUUUAGU